CCCGAGCCACGUCGCGCUUGACUCGCCAUUUUCCCCCCAACUACCGAACCCGAAUUCCAUCUCUUCUGCUGUCACUGCGUCAUCACGACGCCGUAACUUAAAGAUUAUUUAUUUACGCUAACAGAGUGAAGUCGAACGCUCUCCCGAGUUUGUACGCUCGCCUUGUUCUCCCGGAGCCGCUACAGACAUGAACAUCUUCAGGCUAACCGGCGACCUGUCCCAUUUAGCAGCCAUCAUCAUCCUGCUGCUAAAGAUAUGGAAAACCAGGUCCUGUGCCGGUAUUUCUGGAAAGAGUCAGGUCUUGUUUGCUCUGGUCUUCACCACUCGCUACCUGGACCUCCUCACCUCCUUCAUCUCGUUGUACAACACCACCAUGAAGAUCAUUUACAUUGGCUGUGCAUACGCCACCGUGUACCUCAUCUACAUGAAGUUCAAGGCGACAUACGAUGGAAACCAUGAUACUUUCAGAGUGGAGUUCCUGGUCGUGCCUGUUGGUGGACUUGCUUUCCUGGUCAACCACGACUUCUCCCCUCUGGAGAUCCUCUGGACUUUCUCCAUCUAUCUGGAGUCAGUGGCCAUCCUCCCGCAGCUCUUCAUGAUCAGCAAGACAGGGGAGGCUGAAACCAUCACCACCCAUUACCUGUUCUUCCUGGGACUCUACAGAGCUCUCUACCUUAUCAACUGGAUAUGGAGGUUCUACUUUGAGGGCUUCUUCGACAUGAUCGCCAUCGUCGCCGGGGUGGUACAGACCAUCCUGUACUGCGACUUCUUCUAUUUGUAUGUUACAAAAGUGCUGAAAGGAAAGAAGUUGAGUCUGCCAGCCUAAGUGCCAAAGAUGAGCGGAUGGGGACACCGACAGAAGACCGGUGGGCAGGUGGAGGAGAACCAAGAGAGCCGGUGCAUCCCACGCUCUCACAUCUCCCCCGUCUUCUCACCCCAGUAAGAUGCUUGAGACAGAGAGCGGCGCCGUCUGCACUAGCGCCUAUGAAACCCAAACACCUUAGAGGGGCUGGAUUUCUGUUUGAUGCAUCUUGCUUCCACUUUUUUAAUACUCUGUACAAAGUAAGAGAAAAAAAAACGUGAAACAAGUUUUCUACAUACAAAUGUGUACGCUGAAGAUUUGACACAUUGGUGUAUUUAAGGUGGAGAUAUAAAAUUGCCUCUCAUUUGGCAUUGUGUGAUAUGGAAGUGGACUCAUGAGCUGGGUUGUUAUUGACUGUAUUUGCAAUCAAAAUAAAUGUGCUGGGCUUCAUGUUGGAAGGUCAUUUUUGUUUCUUGUUCAGUUUGACUGUGAUGGAAAAAUGCAAACUUUGCAUCAUUAAUAAUGUUUUGGCUUGUUUGACAUACAUGUUCCGUUUCACUUAAGUGGUUGAGCACUGCCUUUGAAGUAGAAGCUUUCAUGAGAGUGCCCUUGUACAUAUCAUCCCCUCAAUAAACAGUCAGUGCAACCUC